GUUAACUCCGAACAUUUUGGCUAUAUGGUCAAAACCGGGAAGUACCUGACUUCAAAUUAUCCCGGGCGCGUGAUUGCCUUCGAUGGGAAGCAUAAAAAGGAGAUGGAUGAAAAUCCCAGGCUAUUCAUUAUACCAGAACUCCGUGAACAUGCGAAAGACCACUCCCUUAACGAUUGUUGCUACGCUGAUCAUUGUCCUGAGGGCAAAAGCUGACAUCAACGACCCCCUUUUCAAGUGUCUGCUCGACAAAGACUACAAUGAGAUGCUUCAUAUUGUCCAUAGAGGUCUUCCCCGUGCAAAGACCCCGCAUCACAUCGCAAUAGUCGGCGGAGGCAUCGCAGGUCUUACAGCCGCUCACUUCCUGGAAGGGGCGGGGCACAAGGUGACGAUAGUUGAAGCCAGCGGGCGUAUCGGCGGGAGAGUGGAGACGUACAGGGAUAAGCGGGGAGGCUGGUAUGCAGAGUUUGGUGCUAUGAGGAUACCCAGCUUUCACAAAAUCCUGCUGAACUUCAUAAAAAAGUUGGGAAUCCAACUGAACACUUUUAUCGAGGAAGACAUCAACACAUAUUACCUCAUUAAUGGCUCGUUAUUGAAGACGUACAAAGUGAAAAAUAACCCUGAUGCACUGAAAUACCCUCUGGAAGCGUGGGAACGCGGGAAGUCAGCGAGUGAGCUCUUCAGCAUGGCCUUGUGGAAGAUUCGAGAGGACCUGAAGAGGAGUGGCAAUAACUGUACAGCAAUUUUGGAAAAAUAUGACUCCUACUCUGUUAAGGAAUACCUGGUGAAGGAGGCUCACGUGAGCCCUGGAGCACUGCAGAUGAUUGGCGACCUCCUGAAUGAAAACAGCUUCUUUUACACAGCGCUGACGGAGUCCCUGCAUAUCCAGGCCGAUAUCAACGACAAUACUACGUACCAUGAGGUCACCGGCGGUUUCGACUAUCUGCCAAGAGCAUUCUACGAGACUCUGAACGGCACCAUACUCCUGAACUCCGCGGUCAGGCGCAUCAGUCAGACGAAAAGACACGUCACCUUGUCCUACCAGGACCAGAACAAUCCCUCCGCCCUGACCAACCUCACGGUCGACUACGCCCUGGUCACGGCCACGGCUAAAGCUUCCCUCUUCAUCGAGUUCCAGCCACCACUGUCACCGCAGAAGAUGGAGGCGCUGCGGUCCGUGCAUUACUCCAGCUCGACCAAGGUGGUGCUGAGCUUCAGCGUGAAGUUCUGGGAGAGGGACGGCAUCAGGGGUGGGAAGAGCAUCACGGACCUGCCCUCCCGCUUCAUCUACUAUCCCAGCCACAACUUCACCAACACCACCGGGGGCGUAGUCCUGGCCUCCUACACUUGCUCCGACGACUCAACCCUCUUCCAGGGCAUACCCGACGACAGGGUGAAGGAGCUGGUGCUGAACGACCUGGUGAAAAUCCACGGGGAGAACAUCCGGCGCUUCUACACUGGGGGCGUGGUGAAGAAAUGGGGCCUGGACCCCUACAGCCUGGGGGCGUUCGCCAUCUACACCCCGUUUCAGCAGACCAGCUAUGCCGCUGCCCUUUUCAAGGAGGAGCGGAGGGUCCACUUUGCGGGAGAGCACACAGCCACGCCCCACGCCUGGAUUGAGACGGCCAUGAAAUCUGCAAUAAGAGCUGCUAAAAACAUCAACAGUCUGAGGAAUUAGCGGCAGCUGGUAGCAUGGCACACUCCACAAGGGAGGACCCGGCCGGAGGGAGGACUGCUGACAAAAGGCUAACAAAACUGCCAGUAGGCCACUUGACUGUAAAAACAAUGUCAGCAUUGGAUUUAGUCAAUUAGCUUAAGAAAAGAAAAUACUGUUAUGCAAAUUUUUCAGGGUUUUAUCCAAAGGUUUUGUGUCACCUGGGCCCUGUUUCACGAACAUGGCUAACGCAGUGAACCUGAUUAGUUUGAUGACAUUUUGGGAUAAACUCAGAAUUUUCCAUUUUACAAAGCGAUUUCAUCUUGUUAUCGGGGCAGCAGAGCCUUAAGCCUAUGAAAGCACAGGUUUGUGCUAAAGUAAGUUGGAUAGCAUAAACAUAGUGUUAACACAGUAAAAUUACCGCACAAACAGCGGAAAUGAAUGAUGAAUGAGCCCUUCUGGUAAGAACAUUUAGAAAUAAAUGUUUUCGGUACUGUGUCUAAAUAUCCUAACUUGCACGUGACCUAGUUAAAAAUGUAGAAUUGCAGUCAAGAGGCUACCCUUUUGCAAUACAUUUUCAUAUUUGACUUUGACAUGCGCC